AUGGGUGAACUACAAGAAGAAGAGAAGUUGGACUGGCGUGGCAUUUUGUGCACCGAUUGGCGGAGGUUACUGUACUGGACUGUAGUCAUACUCUUUUCUAUUGUGACAAUUAAAAAUUUGACUGAGAUCACGUUGGAGUAUCUGGACAAUCCGAAAAAGGCGGACUUGGAUAUUGUACUGAACAAAUCAAUGUCGAUGCCACCAAUGACAUUCUGCUUUCCGUCUGGGCACGUUCUGAGUAAUAUCGUGCAGAAUCUUGGGGAGAAUAGUACUGUUGCUUCGAAGGAGGCGCUGGAUGUAGGUUUUUAACUAUUUUGAAAUUAAAAUUUUUUUUUGUUUUUGGUUUUUAUGGCCUUGUUGUGUUUAAAAUGGUACUACACAGUCACGAUUGGUCUCAUCUAUUUAGAAAUAUUCACAUUUUUUUUAAAUCGUACUGUGUACUUAUAAAUAGUCUUAGCAUAUUACAAGUGGCCCUAUCUUCUUACAAAUGACCCUAUCUUCUUACAAUUGGCUUCACCUUUUGAUAAAUGGUCUUAGUAUUUCAGAAGUGGCCUCAUCUUCUUAGAAAUGGUCUUAUUUCUUCAUAAAUAGUCCCAGCUUCUCAGAAAUGACCCUAUCUUUCGAGAAAUGAUCAUAUCUUCUUAGAAAUGGUCUCAUCUUUUUAUAUAUGGCCUUAGUUUCUUAGAAAUUAGCCUACUUUUUUAGAAAUGGUACUAUCUUCUCAGAAAAUGACCCUGUCUUUUUAGAAGUGGUCCUACUUUCUUUGAACUGGCUCCAACUUUUUAGAAAUUUGUUAUCUUCUUAAAAAUGAUCCAAUCGUCUUAGAAAAGGUGCCAUUUUCAUAGGAAUAGCUCUAAUUUUGUCUAAUUAGCCUCUUCUUCUUUUAUAUGGGUUCACGUUCUUAAAUAUGGUUCUAAUUUGUCAAAAAUGAUCUUUAUAUAUAAGUACUAUAAUUAGUAACGUUCUUAUUAUAUUCAAUUCCAGAAGCAACUCCAAGCUUUUAACAUGUCAGACAGACUAGUAGCCAACCCAUGGACCGAUGAUCUAGUAUUCUCUGCGUUUGUCGCCCUAGCCGCGAUGCACACAAACGAAGUUGAAAUAUUCGAAGAUGAAGUGGCAGAGAAGCUGAAAACUUUUGGCCAUUCAAAAACUUGGCAAUUUGGAAAAGAAAAAGACUGGGAAAACAUCCAGUUUUGGCUGGAUUUCAUGAAAGAGAACGAUAUUGAAGUAGACGAUUUGAUCCAAGCUGUCGGCAUGAGGGCUAUGAUGAAGUAGGGGGAUUGUUUUACAUUAUUUUGAGGAAGAGGGAUGGGGUAGGGCAAAAAAAUAAAAAAAAAUUUUUUUUGGGCGGGGUAAAAUUUUUUUUGGGUGGCGUAAAAAAAAAUUUUUUUGUAGAAUAGUAAAACUUUUUUUGGGCAGAGUAAAUUUUUUUUGCUGAUAGCGGGUGGAAAUAAAAAAUUUUUAGGGGGUGAUUUAAAAAAAAAUUAAAAUUUUUAAAAAGUGAUGACUUUUCAGAGGCUUAACCCGAUUCGAACGUGAAACCCACAAACCACAGCCACCGACCGGUCGAAGUACUGUGCCAGCCAAAAUGCAUAUUGAAUGGAUAUCUUUUAAAGAUUUCUGUUUUAGACCCACUUUUAAAGAAGAUAUUCCUAUUGAGAGCCAGGUAAGCUUAAGAAUUAAAAAAUGGCAAGAACUUUCUUUACAAGUCAAAAAAUGGCAAGAACUUUCUUUGCAAAACGAAAAAUGGCAAGAACUUUCUUUAAAAGACUCAAAAUUUUUAAUUUUUAUUUGGCAAUACGUAUUUUAACAUAAUAUAAUGAAAUGUCACAAAAUAUAUUGGCCUUUCACUUUGUGUGACGAAAUUUCAAUAAAAGUAUUGGAUUCUUAGUUACUAUGAAGAAAUGUCAAACAAGACAUUAAAAAUGACAAAAAACUAAAGAAAACCUUAAAAAUGGUUGAAUUAAGCCUAAAAAACAUUAUUUAGGGCACAUUCUUCCUCCUAACCUUCAAAUUCAAUCCCAACUUCAUAGUGGACGAAGAUAGUGAGGAUGUUGUGCCAGAAGACGAAUGUGUAUUUAUUGACUUCCAUGGCUCUAGAUUCGACCGCGAACCGUAUAUGCUGGAAGGGUCUCAACGUAGGAAUGGAUUCACUGAACCAUUAUGUUUUGGCAGUAGAUAUGAAGUGUUACUGGAGGUGAGGCACGAGUACAACAUGAUUGAAACAGAGGAUGAAGGAGAAGCUUGUAAAGAGUAUGAAGAUGAUGAUGAGAAUGAUUUUACAUGCAGAAGCAGGUGUCGAUACGAGCAUAUUAAGGCUGGUUUUUUUGAAAAUUUAAAGUUGUAAAAUGGGGCAUUUUGGAGGAAUUAGGACCAUUUGGGUCUUUAUUGGGUAAAUAUAAGAAGGUUUUUGAAAAGAUGAUUAUUUCUAUGACGAUGAGACAAUUUUUAAGAUGAUAAGGUCAUUUCUAAGGUGAUAGGACUAUUUCUAAGCAAAUGAGACCCUUCUUAAGAAGAUAGGACCAUUCCUAUAAAGCUGGCGUCAUUUAUAAGAACAUAGGACCUUGCUGAUCAGAGAGGAUCAUUUCUAAGAAGAUGGUAUAUUUCUAAGAAGCUGGGGCUAUUUUUAAGAAGAUGUGAUCAUUUUUAAGGAAAUGGGGUCAUUUCUAAGAAGAGGGAGCCAUUUCUAAGAAACUGGGGCGAUAUGUAAGCAGCUGGGACUAUUUCUAAGAAGAUAGUACCAUUUCUAGCAGAUAGGACUAUUUCAAAACAGAAAAUUCUAAGAAAGUGGGCCCAUUUUUAAAAACAGAAAAGAAAUUUUAAAAAGAUGGUACCAUUUCAUAAAAUUCAAAACCAUCUUUAAGGAAUCUAAUUUUUUAACACAUUUAGGGUCUUUGUCAAUGUGUACCAAUAUCCUUAGCCGACCUGGUGGAGAAUGACGAAGACGAAAAUGCCAAAAACUUGACCUACUGUAACUACCAAAAGUGUGACAUAAAGGAUGACAAUUUCGAUGAACUGGAAUGCACCAAAAAGUGUGUCAGAGAUUGUCAUCAGCUCAUAUACAGUAUCAAAACGUUCCAAAGAGGACGUGUGGUCAUGUUAUCGCCUGAGGGGAAGCCGGCUGUCGCUGAUAAUGUGUUAAGUAUGGCACUACAGUUUGGAUCCUUUGAGUAUUUGAAGGUUGAACAAGAAUAUGCUUUUACUUUUGCAUCAUUCAUUGGCGAAUUUGGUGGAGCACUGGGCAUGUGGCUGGGCUUGUCUAUUUUGAGUGUUCUGCAGGUAGGGAGGGGUCGAAUCGGGGUUAUAAUAAGAGAAAAGAAAGUGGGGAUAACAAAACAUACAAUGGCAAUACCUUUCUUUACAAAACAAAAAACGGUGAGAACUUUCUUUACAAAACAAGAAAUGGCAAGAACUUUCUUUACAAAACAAGAAAUGACAAGAACUUUCUUUACAAAACAAAAAAUGGCAAGAACUUUCUUUACAUAACAAAUAAUAGCAAGUACUUUGCUUACAAAACGAAAAAAAUAAUAAAAAACAGACUUUUGUUACCUAAAUUACCAUAAAAAUAACAUUUUUUAGUUAUUUGUCUUCAUGACGGAAACAGCUACCAAAACGGUUACCACAAGACUGAAUGUUCAAAGUAUUCGACGAAAUGCCAGUAUGAAACAAACUCAAGCCGCUGCCCUCCCUAAGAAGGAGAAUGUCAGUUCGAUGCCAGUUUCAUAA